AUGCAUACGCUUAGAACAAGCUUACUGUUAUGUAUGUUAAUUUAUAUUAAUUAUGCAGGAUCUGAAGCACUGAGCUUAUUGAAUCAAAUGAAACCAAAAUUCAAGGAGGAAUCAGAUCUAGGCACAGAAGACUUAAUAUAUAAGAAAGUCACUGAAUAAUUAAAACAAUAACAGCCUCAUUUCGAUACUGAUGAAGAAGAAACAAAGAAUGAAGUCUCCUUUAGAGAAUUUUAUAAAAAUGUACGAUCAGGUAAACAUGAGUUAGUUGAUGAUGAAGAAAUCAAUAUUAUAGAACCAGAACAUAAGGAAAUUCAAAUUCAAUCCUACUUAUAAGAAUUGAGUGAUGGACUCGAACCAUAAACCGAAACUAUUGCAGAAACUGAAAUUUAGACUGAUCCUGAAAAGUUAGGAAAGUUUAAAAAGUACUUUAUUAAAGAGGAUGAAAAUAAACAAUAAGUGAACAUAGAAACCAACAUUGAAAAUAGUAAUCCUAUUGAAAAGAAAAUGACAUUGAGAGAGAAAUUAGAAAUGAAAAAAAAAUAGGCUUAAUAACCCCCAGUUUUAGCUGCAAUCUAGAUUAAAUAAGAAGUAGAUAAUCAAGAAUAAGUUGCUGAUUAGAAUGUUGGCAAAACAACAUUAAUCAAAAAGAUAGAAGAAUUCAAAAAAAUGAAAUAGUCUAAGGAUACAAAAGAAACUUAAUAAGAAACUUAAUAAGAAAAUCAAUAAGAACAGACAAUCAAAUCAGUACCUGAGAAUCCUUUGAGAAAACUCUUAAAUAAAAAGGCAGAGGAGAGGAAAGAAUAAGAACUCAAUUAAUAAAUUGAAUAGAAUAAAUUAUAAAUAUAGACACAAGAAGCUGAAAUAGAAUUAAAAUAAAUAGAUGCAGAAGAUAUACCAUUCGACCAAAAUACUGAUAAUGAGUAAAAUAUAGAUAAUCAAUCAGAACAAAAGGAAUCUUCCGAAAAUAAUGAUGAAACCAUAAAUUAAUAAGAAUAAGAUAAUGAUGAUACCCUAAAUUAAUAAGAACAAUAUAAUGAUGAUACAAUAUAUUAAUAAGAUUAAGAUAAUGUUGAAUCUCAAUAAGAAAAUAAAAUUUAAGAUGAAAACGAUAAUGAUGCAAGUAUUUAAUAACAAUAAUAAAUCGAAUCUGAUAUAAAUCCAAAUAUUGAUCCUGAAAUUUAAGAAGAUUAAACUAUAAUUGAUGAUGAAUCAUAAAGAUUUUAAUAGGAUUCAGAAGGUAUUACUAACACAGAUUACGAUCAGCAACAAUAACAUAUAGCUAAUGAAAAAUAAAUUAAUUCCAAUGAAGAUUAAUCAUAAGUUAUUACAAGCGAAAAUUAUGAAUAAGAAAUUGUUAAUAAUAAUGAUCAAGACCAAUAGAUGGUUAAUGAUAAUGAUUAUGAAAUAGUUAAUAAUAAUGAUCAUAAAGUAUCAAAUAAUUUUGAUUAAAAUAUAGAUAAUAAUAAUGACUAAGAAAUAGUAAACAAUAAUGAUUAAGAGCAGUAGUAGUAUAAUAAUGAUUAAGAGCAGUAGUAUAGUAAUGAUUAAGACUAUUAGAAUAAUGACUUAACCAAUUAAGAAAUUCAAUAAGAGAAUUAAGAAUUUGAAGCAUAGGAAUAAUAAUAAUCUUAAUAUAAAUUAUAAUAAUAAGAAAUAUAAACUGAUAAUUAAUAAUAAAAUAUAAAUGAUGAUGACUAUAACUAAGAUUAAUAAUAAAAUUAAAAUGUUGAUGAUUAUAAUUAUGAGGAAUAAUAGAAUAUGGAUUAAGAUUAAAAUUUAGAAAAUUAGCAAGAAUCAUCAAAUAUUAAUACUUCUAAAUAAGGAGAAAAUAAUGAUAUAAUAAAUGAAGAGAAAGUUGAAAAUACAUUGUCAGAAGGUUUUGUGAUGGAAAAUAAUGUUGAAAAUUCAGAUUAUCUUGAGGAUGUACAAGACGCUGAAAUAAUACAAAAGAAGAGAGAAGUAGAGGAAAUGAUUGAGGAAGAAGAAAGAAUUAAAUAAAAAUUAGAAUUAAAAGAAUUAGAUGAUGAGAAAAAACUCAAUGAAUUAGAAGAAUAAGAGAAACUAUUGAUUAAUGAAAAAGAAUAAGAAUAGAAGGAAAUUGAAGAAGUUUAAAAAUAAAUUGAUUAAGAUUAUAGUUAAUUAAAAGAUAUUGAAAAAGGAGGGAAGAAAUAAUAAGAUUAUUAAGAAAAUGAAUUAAAAUAAGAAGAUAAUUAAGAGGUAGAACCUUUGUAGGAGGCAUUACAAGAAGAUUUAAAUAUUUCGACAGAUAUUCCCUUAGAAAAUCAAAAAGAUUAAUAAAAAACUCAAAAUCAAUUAGAAUAGAAUACUAAAUAAGAAGAGAAAGUUGAACCCUUAGAAAGUAAACCAGUAGAUGGUAGCAUUUAAUUAUAAGAUGAAACUCUAGAAAAUGGAUUUAAUAUUGAUGAAUAUCAAAGAUUACAACAUUAAAGUGAAGAUAAAUCCGAAUAGGAUACUACUAAUUAUUCAUAAAGUAGUGAAUUAUAUCAUAAAAAUGAGUACAUCACUUAAAUUAAAAAUGAUCAACAAGAUUAAGUAAUAUAAUAAUCAGAGCCAACAUUAUCAAUAGAUAAAUAAACAAAUUUCAAGGAUCAAGAUGUUUAAUACUAACCAAAGAUCUAAAUAACCUAGGAAAUAUCAACAGGUGAUAACUAAGAUCUUACAUAAAGCAAUUAAGAAUAAGAAGGGCUUAAUACUACAAAAGAUAACUAAUUAAUAGAAGAAAAGAAUCCUAAUUCAGAUUAAUAAGAAAAUACUUAUUUGGAUAAUCAAAUAGAAAGCACAAAUGGGAGUGACAUAUCUAACGAAUCUACUAGUUUAGAAUCAAAAAUAGACGUUUCCAAUGAAACCCAUAAUCUUUCAGAAAAUUAAUAAGAUUAGUAAUCACUCUAAUAAUAAGAGAAUUAAAUUUAAGAUGAUGAUACUCCUAGUCUGAUUCCUGUAGAUGAAUCAGAAAAUUUAAACCCAUCAUAUAAAUUUGAUCUCAAACUUGAUAAUGAAGAGAACGAAAUAGUUUAACUUGAUGAUUCUAAUUCUUUUGUUGAUGAUGAAAUAAAAAAUGCUGCAUAAGAAUAAUAAAUCGACCCAACUAAUACUUAAUUAUUACCAAACCCUGAUUUAUUAGCUUAAAACCAAUUUCAGGAUACUUCAAAUGUACUUUCAGCCAAUAAACUUCAUUCAAAUUCAUAAAUAUAAUAAUCUAUGCAAAUUGAUUAUAAAAUUAAAAUUGAAAAUAUUGAUGUAGAUAUAAAAGAAGAAUAAUAAAUUUAAGAGAAUAUUUUAAUCAAUCAAAAUAGAUAGUAAGCCAGUUUCUUACAAGUAGAAAAAACUGAUAUUGAUUAAAAAGAAAAUCAAUUUGAAAUAUUAAUUUCUUAAAAGAAAGAGUAAGGGUCAGAGGAAAAAAAGAAAAAAAGAAGAAAAUAAAAAAGAAGGAAGCAAAAAUAAAGAAAGUUAUAGGAGGAAUAAUUUUAGUAGAUCUUAUAAUAAAAAUAAUAAUAAGAAAUCUUAAAAUAAUAAUAAUAGUUAAUUGAAUUACAAAAUUAAUAAUUAUUGAAUAAAUAAAAGUAUAAGAUGGCCACAAAACAAAACAAUUAAGUUAUCAUAGAAAGCAAACCAAUUAAAAGAGAUAACUUUAUUCAUUUAUAAAAGCAAUAAUCAUAAAUUUAACUAAUAAAUUAAUAAAUAGAUACUGAAUUUUCCUUUUAACAGAUUAUUUCAAAAGUAGAAAAAGAAGAAAGGUAAGGAUAGAAACAACUAAGAAGUAAUACCAAACAUGUCAAAAAUGCUGAUUUAAAUUUCUUUUAAUUGACUGAAAAAUAAUAACAAAAUAAGAUUUCCUUACAAUCCUAAGAUUUAUUUGAGGCUAUUAAAUAAGAGAUCAAAGAAUGUGAUUUAAAUAAUUACACUAUUAAUUUGUGCUAAUUAUGUUAAAGUGAUGUUGUAUACGAAAUAAAUGAUGAUAAUUGGUACCUUAUUGGAAUUGCAUAUGGAUUAAAGAGACAUUUCUAGAAUCUAUUGAAUACUGUACAAUAUCAUUUCAAGAACUCCAAGAUAUAUACCUCUUUCAAUAAGGAAUAAUAAGUUUGUCUCACUUUAGGAGAUCAAUUUGAAAUUGAAAAUUUAGAGGAUAUCCUUAACUACUAUAAUAAUUAAACUCUCCCUAAGAAUUCAUAAUUUUUGAGGAUACCAUAAAAAAUCAAAGCAAACUUCGCUUAAAUGAAAGUUGAUUUGAAUCAACAUAAAUUUAUGAAUUUUAGUUUGAAUGCAGCAAUCAAAAUUUAAGAAAACUAUAAUGGAUUUACUGUUUCAGAGUAAUAUAUUAAGAUUUCAAAUGAUUUUGAUUACUCUUAAUAAGGUAACAUAUUUUACCCUGGGCAGUCUAUUCCCUAUAAAUUGAUUGUUUAAUCUAAUGGAAUUGAAAAUAUGCAAUUAGAUUUGAAUCCUUAAAUAUAUGAAAAAGUCUUAGAAAGCUUUUUAGCAAAGAAUUACUUGCAAUAGAUUUAAGUUACAUAUAGAGACAACUUAAAUAGCAACUUUGUAGUUGUGGAUAAUGAAGACCUCUUAGAAAUUGAGAUUACAAUAUAAAAAUGA